AUGACCUCUUCAAUAGUAGCACCACAACGUGAAGUCCAAGUGUUGCGUGUUACCCCUCCAAAUCAUGUAGUGCCGACUUACCAUAAUCAAGUUUUACAACAGAUGUUACAAGGUUAUGGCAGAAACAAUUUUGUAGCAACUCAUGAUCACAUGAAUAUAACUUCUAAGCCGAUAGCAUUACCAAAUGUUAUGCCGCAAAUAAAUCCGACAUUAAUUGGUUUGACUGCACCAUCAGCACCUCACAUACCAUUUAACAGACCAAUUAUGACUACUUUUCCACACCUAGAUAAUUCACGAAUGGUAAACGAUCUAAUGGCACUUGAGUCUUAUAAAAUGCAAAAACUAAACAAUCCCUUGGUGGGAUCUGGUAAUGUUGACGAAUUUGCUGGAAAAAUUCCACCACCAUUCUACGGCAUGCAUGCAACUGGUACAGAGUUAUUACCACCAUUUCCUGUGAUGUUCGAUACUUGCCGAAGUGGACGAGAAGAAGCACGAUUGAACAGCCCACGCUAUGUUCCUAAAUUAUAA